AUGGAUGGCCAACCAAAUUAUUUGAAAUUUGUGGUUAAAUUUAUAUUCGAUACUUUCCAAGAGUUUGAAAGAGAAGUGGCAUCAGAAUUAGGAGGAUCUUACAGCUUAAAAGCUACAAUUGAGGAGUUCAAGAGACUCACGAGAGCCAAUCUCCAACUCGCUAAAUGGGCAGAAGCGGGUCAUGUCCCUAGUUUUGACGAGUAUCUAAAAGUUGCUGGAAUCGAGAUUGCUGUGGAUUUUACUUUAUUUGGUAUUUUGGUGGCUAUGAAAGAUAUCUGCAAGGAAGAAGCGGUUGCGUGGUUGAAAUGUAGAAACAAGCUUGCGAUAUUAAUGCAUACAGUAGGAAGAGUGAGGAAUGAUAUUUUUGGCUUAAAGGAUGACAUGAGCAGAGGAUAUGUCACGAACUCGAUAAACUGUUAUAAGAAGCAAUAUGGAGUUACAGAAGAAGAAGCAAUUAGAAAGCUUCAUGAAAUUGUGGCAGACGCUCAUAAGAUGAUAAAUGAGGAGCUUUUGAAGCCAAUUAAUGUGCCACGCAAAGUUCUAAACGCAAUGGCGACCUGUGGACGUAUGGUGUUUGUUAGCUACGAAACAGAUGAUCAAUAUACCCGUCCUGGUGGAAAAUUCAAGAACGACAUCACUUCUAUGUACCUUGAUCUUUGA